AUGAAUGGUCGAGCAUCAACCUCAAAAUCGGCAUGGUCAGUUUCUCCAGAAACAAUAAUGUCUCAUCAUUUUCGACUUGCAAAAGGUGUUCCAUCUGUAAUAGAUAUUCGACCACCUCAUUCAAUGUAUAAUAGUCCAAUUAGUAUUCAUUAUCAUCCGAAAACUCGACCAUCUUCAGCUGAUCCAAAUAAACGAAGAACUUUAACUCGACCACAAAGAGAACUCAAUGAUUUUGUGAAUGGUCGACAGAGGAAUAAAAACCCACUUCCGAUGUUAACAAAAAGAUCAAGUUUGACUGAUUUGACAAAACCGAAACUUCUCGAGAAUCCGAAUUAUCAGCCACCGAGAAAACGAGUUCAGCAGCAGAAUACAACUGUGAAACAACCAAUAAAUGAUAUGAAAAAUACAAUUCGAUUUCAAAAAAUUAACGAUUUCAAAGAUACAGUAUUAUCCGAAGUAAUUUCACAAGAUGAUUAUAGUGAUCGAUUUAUAUUAGAUACAAUACGAAGAAAUAUGGAAAAUUUAGCUGGAAUUGUUCCAUGGGUAUGUUUUUAUUCAUAGAUUUUUAAAUUUCUUUCAAAACAAUUCAUAACGUUUUUUUCAGAAUGAUCUUGAACAUGCCGCUUCAGAAUUGAUGGCAAAUCUUGAUAUUAGUGAUACAAAAAAACUUCAUCAUAAAAAGAUCGAGACUCCAAAAAUGGAUCUUUCUUCAAUUUCUGGAUCUUCAAAAUCUUCAUCAUCAGCUUCAUCUUCGUAUUCAUCAACUUCAAGUUCUUCGGGAAGUGUUUAG